CACAACAUGGCAUCCAUCAAGGAUGAAGCCAAUAUCAUGCUGGAGAAACUCCAUGCCAUUGGAUAUAAGCCACUUCUCCUUCUUGGAAAGGAGACCAACAAAAAAACAUUCAAGUGUGAAAUUUUGACCCCCCGCUGCACACUCUCCGCCUAUGCCAAGGACUACCUUCAGAAGAUAGGUUCAUUUUAUGAAUAUCUUUGUGAAGGUUGGACCCAGGAUUCAAGUGGCAAUGACCAGCUGAUUACGCUGCAGCUCACACCUUGUGAUCCAGAAGAAGGCGAGCAGGCGACCCCCCCGGAGCGUCAGGGCGAGCAGGCGACCCCCCCGGAGCGUCAGGGCGAGCAGGCGACCCCCCCGGAGCGUCAGGGCGAACAGGCGACCCCCCCAGAGGGCGACCCCCCAGAGGGUCAGGGCGAGCAGGCGACCCCCCCGGAGCGUCAGGGCGAGCAGGCGACCCCCCCGGAGCGUCAGGGCGAGCAGGCGACCCCCCCGGAGCGUCAGGGCGAGCAGGCGACCCCCCCGGAGCGUCAGGGCGAGCAGGCGACCCCCCCGGAGCGUCAGGGCGAACAGGCGACCCCCCCAGAGGGUCAGGGCGAGCAGGCGACCCCCCCGGAGCGUCAGGGCGAGCAGGCGACCCCCCCAGAGGGCGACCCCCCGGAGCGUCAGGGCGAGCAGGCGACCCCCCCGGAGGGUCAGGGCGAGCAGGCGACCCCCCCGGAGCGUCAGGGCGAGCAGGCGACCCCCCCAGAGGGUCAGGGCGAGCAGGCGACCCCCCCGGAGGGUCAGGGCGAACAGGCGACCCCCCCGGAGGGUCAGGGCGAGCAGGCGACCCCCCCGGAGCGUCAGGGCGAACAGGCGACCCCCCCGGAGGGGCAAGCUGUCUUCACAGGGUCAGCCAGGGGCAAAAGGAAAAAGUCAGGGGGACCAAGGCAUAUGCCUGAAAGAAAAAGGCCACAAAAGAAUUGUUCCUACCACACUCGCCUAGAGGCUUUCCCCAUCAGGAGUGUUGUAAAAGAAAGAGUGAGAAAGGGCAAAGAAGAAAUUUUGGUUGACUGGGAGCCCUGUCCAGUAUGUGGUGAGCAGUGGGCCAAUUCCUGGCAGCCAAAGGAUUCUCUCCGAAAUAAUGAAAAUAAAUAAAAUGUAUGUUUUGAACUCCA